AUGGAGCCAUUCCUCAAGAAGUUGGCCGUCUUUCUAGGCUAUGUUAUCUGUAUUUGUACAAUAACAAAUUCAACGCGGUCAUUCCUUGAAGAAAUUGGUCUUUCCAAUAAUGAGCUUGUUGGAAGCAUACCCAAGGAGAUCAGUUCCCUCACCAAACUUACUUUUCUUUCACUUUUUGAUAAUAAGCUUACAGGUGGAAUCCCAACCAUCUUGGGAAAUAUUACAUCAUUAGAAUUGUUUUCUGUUACUAGAAAUCCCUUGGGGGGGAGCAUCCCAAACAUCUUAAGCCAGUGGAAGAAUUUAAGAGAAUUUUACGCUGGAGGUUGUAACUUAUACGGAACCAUCCCUGAUGAAUUUGGUCAUCUCACCAGGUUGACGGUACUCAAUCUUGAAGCUAACAAGUUCUAUGGGGUAAUUCCAACUAACAUAUCCGGUUGUUCAGACCUUGAAGAGAUUGAUCUUUCCUAUAACGAGCUAGUUGGAAGCAUACCCAAGGAGAUCAGUACCCUCACCAAACUUACUGUUCUUUUACUUAAUAAUAAUAAGUUUACUGGUGGAAUCCCGCCAUACUUAGGGAAUAUGACAUCAUUGGAAGUGUUCUCUUUAAGAGGAAAUCUGUUGGGUGGGACCAUUCCAGACACCUUAGGCGUUAUGAAAGGUUUAAAAGAAAUUUACUUUGGUAGUUGUAGUUUAAAUGGAACCAUCCCUAAUUUUCUUUAUAACCUUUCACUCCUAGCUAAUAUAAGCUUGGUUGAUAAUCAGUUGACAGGUGGUCUUUAUUCAGCCAUAGGUGCAACGCUUCCUAAUCUUGUUUGGUUUCAAUUAUGGGGUAACCAACUAAGUGGACCUCUUCCGGCAUCCAUUUCUAAUUGUACGAGUUUAGAAAUUCUUGAACUCGCUAAAAACAAGUUUAGUGGAUCCUUAACAGUUGACUUUUCAAAGCUAACGGAGAUGGAAUUUAUAACAAUCGGAGAUAACCUCUUUGGAAGCAAAGAAGCAGAUGAAAUGAAGUUUAUUGAUUCUUUGAAAAACUGCACGAGAUUAAAGAGGUUGGCUUUCGGUAAAUGCAGGUUUCAAGGAGUUCUCCCUAGAUCAAUAGGUAAUCUUUCUAGUCAACUCCAACUGUUAUGGUUUUCUGAUAAUCAGUUACAUGGAAACCUCCCUAGUUCAAUUGGUAAUCUUGUUGGCUUGAAUAUAUUGGCAUUAAGAGGAAACCAAUUCACGGGAAACAUCCCUUCAACCAUUGGUAACCUUCAAAACUUAGAAGGCCUUUAUUUAAAUGAAAACCAAUUUUCAGGGCAGAUUCCGGAUUCCAUGGGGAACUUAUCAUUGUUGAUAACACUUGAUUUAUUUUCAAACAUGUUAGAAGGGGUUAUUCCAUCAACUCUAGGAAAUUGUCAUCAUCUGUUAGCCUUGUACCUUAAUGACAAUAAACUUAAUGGGAAAAUACCUAUACAACUUCUUCAACUUUCAAGUCUCUCCAUAACAUUGGAUCUUUCUCAAAAUAACUUGUUUGGUUCACUUCCGAUUGAGGUUGGAAACCUCAACAUGUUGACUACUCUGAAUUUAUCUGAUAAUAAUUUUUCUGGUAACAUUCCUAGUAGCCUUGGUGGCUGUAGUAGCCUAUUACGGUUGUCCCUCAAAGGCAAUUUAUUUCAAGUUUAA